AUGGAUAUAAAUAUGAUGGAUAUUGAAAAACAUAUAGAAAAAAUAAAAAUAUUUAAAGACGAUGAAAUGGAUGAAAUGACCGUUAUAUUGGAUGAUGAUGACGAAUAUAUAUCAACCUAUAUUCAAGGUCAAAAAGACAUACAUCAGCUAUUACCAACCCAUGUAAUUCAAGUUAUAUUUCAAAUUGCAUUGAUGGAUAAUGGAAAUAUAGAAUCAACUAUAGAGACAUGGGACUGUAUGAAUAGGGAUAGAUUAAAUAUAGAAUUAGUUUGUAAAGAUUGGUGCUCAAUUAUAAAAUCAUCAUGCAACACACUAUCACUCUCUUUAAAUAAUUUAUUACCAGUUACAAAUCAAAUUUCAACAUUUACAGCAUUAAAGAAAUUGGAAAUCGUUUGUUUGAAUAAUGACUAUUCGGAUAGUGACGACAGCGACGAUAGCGAUACCGAUACCGAUAGUGAAAACGAUGAUGAACCCAUUACAAUUAGAAAAAAUGAAAAAGAAAAUAAAAAUAAAAUUAUUGAAAUCCAUGAUGACGAUAGCGAUGAUGAAGAGCAUGCAUCACACAAAUCUAAUCAAGCAUCUGAUACCAUCAUCAAACAUUUAAUUACAAUUAUAGAAUCCCAGCACCCAACACUAAGGAUUUUAGACCUCUCAAUGUUGGGUUUAAGAGAGUAUCAUAUUGAAAAGCUGCUACCAUAUUUAAGCAAACACAGAUACAUUGAAGAGCUAAUACUAGACAGCAACCCUAUUGGGGAUCAAGGUAUCAUAUUUAUUUCAGAUUUAUUAAAAUCAAACUCUGUUUUAAAAGAAUUAGAUGUGCAGUCAUCCAAAGCAGAAAAUGGUUUAGAAUAUAUCGGUGCUGCAAUUGCUCAAAACAAAACCUUAAAGAAAUUGAUAUGGUCAUAUAACAAAUCAAGUUACUCUAGCAUAAUCUAUUUAAGCAAUGGAUUAAGGGUUAACAAUAUAUUAGAAUCAUUGGUAUUAAGAGGAUGUAAAAUAGAAGGUUGGGGAGCAUACAGUUUAAGCGAAACUUUAGGUAUUAACAAAUCUUUAAAAGAAUUAGAUUUAGCACAGAAUGAAUUUGGUGAUAGAGGAGGUUGUAGUAUUGCAGAAAAACUAAAUUUACAUCCAUCAUUGACAACAUUAGAUAUAUCAUGUAAUUCAAUUUCGACUGAAGCUUUCAAUUCAAUUUUUCAAGCUCUGGAAUCAAACCAUACACUAACAUCAUUAAAUUUAUCAAAAAAUAUAAUCGAUACCUCUAUUCCAAUGGAAUCAGUUUUCUUUUCGCUGUCUCACAAUAAAACCUUAACCUCUUUAAAUCUAUCAGAAUGUUCAUUACAAAAUUACCACUUUGAUUUAAUUUCACAAGGUUUGGUAAAUAAUAAUACAUUAUUAAAAUUAGAUUUAUCAAGAAAUAAUAUUAGUAGCAUUGAUCCAUUUUUACAAGUACUUUGUAAAAAUAAAACAUUAAAGUCUAUUAAUCUUUCGAAACAUAAAAUUAAAUUAAAUGAUAUCAAUAUAUUGCUUCACUAUAUAAUCAAAAAGAAUCAAGCCUGUAGAUCAAUUAAAUUAAAAACCAUUGUGCAUCAAAUCGAAUUUAUAAACUUAUCACUUUCGCCAGAACCAGUAACAAGAGCAAUUUAUGAUUUAUUAAAAGAAUACAGAUCUAAAUUAAACUAUACAAAAAUAAAAAUUUAA